AUGGCUACUUCAGAAAAUGAUAAACAAGCAGCCAUGAGUGACGAACAUGAAGAUAUUAAUGAACCAGAAGGUCAAGAACCUAUAGAAAAUCAUACUCAGUAUCCCAAAAAAAUGUUGAAAUUGGCUGCUUGGAACCAUUUUGAUCCAGUUUAUGUUGAUGGUGUUCGAAAAUGGGCGAAGUGUAUACAUUGCAAGAAAAAACUGACCGGUAGAGCUACUGAUGGAACAACACAUUUGAAAGAUCAUCACAAGAUACGCCUUAGGAAAGAUACAAGGGACAUUAGGCAACGUAUAUUAGUUCAAGGCCAUAAACUAUUGAUGGUAAAACCUUAUAUGAGUAAUUAUGCCUUUGAUGUUGAAGUAUCCAGAGAUGAAUUAGAAAAGAUGAUUAUAAUUCAUGAUUAUCCGCUCUCCAUUGUUGAACAUUAUGGUUUUCGAAAGCAUACUGAAAGUCUUCAGCUUUAUUUAAGCUAG